GCCAAGGACGGGAUACUGGGUCAAAUGAUAAGUGGAAAUGCAUUAUUGGGCAUUUUUGUAAGAUACUCUACAAUCCUGCAGAAGAGUUUUGAAACAUUUCUAGGAGAAAUACUGUGGCAGGUGUUCAUAUUUGAUAAUGGGCUGCGGAUGUGUGCUGCUCUCCAGUCUGCUGACACUGACCUUGUUCCACUGCAGUGCAGAAAGCCUUCACGUACCCCAAGAAAGAUCAGAGUAUGUGGAACCAUCUGUUGUGGAGAGCCGUAGUGUCCAGCGAGGCCAAACCGAGCAGAAGAACGCUAAACUCCUCCUGCACGACCAGCUGGUCCGACUGGAGAACGAUGUCAUUGAGACCAAGAGGAAACGGAGCUUCCCCGGAUCCAACACGCCUCUUGAUCGCCUGUCAAUCAGCACCAUGGAUCCCAAAAGCAACAAGCAGAGGAAGGCCGUUGAGUUGCCAAGGCGACGAGUCAGCGUUCCGAUUGACCGGAUUGGUGUAGGCCGUCUUCCCAGCAGCCGAGGAUAGACUCCGCCUCUAACCAUGCCCUGAUACACAGAGGGUAAUAUCGCAGGUAGAUGAUAUGCAUAAGCUAACACACAGCAUU